GCGCCGCCAUCCUAUUAUAUCCCUGAGCCAAAAACCCCCGAGGAGUUCAUGCGCGAUGUUUUGCGAUCGCUGCAAGACCAGCCGGAAUACCAGAAGGCCCGGGAGGAGCUCAGCGACCCCUUGCGGGACCAGUUGGACCAAUUUGUGUACGGAACACCGCUGUCGGAGCUCGUGGGUUCCAAAACGACGGAAACUUUCGAAAUUCCCGUUAGUGGGGUUUCUCGCAGCCAUUUCGAACACCUCGAACACGCCAGCAUGAUGACAGUGUCGAAGAAGCUUCGUGGGGAUGCCGUUGCUAUCAGUGCUGCUGAGGACGUCGCAUUUGCCAAUUGGGGAAAAAACGGUUUCCAACACGCCGAAAGACACCUACGUGCCCAAAAAGGUGUCCGAGGUGCAGUCCAUCGUCCGCGCCGCCAAAGCUCAAGGGAAGAGGGUGCGCGCGGCGGGCUAUCGCCACACGUGGUCAAACAUGUAUUCCGAGAACGACCAGGUCCUCAUCUCGAUGCUGAAUCUGGGCCUCGUCAACACGCUCCCCAAUCCCGAGUCAAUCCAGGCAACCCCGAAUUAUGGCGACAACGAAUUCAAGACAAUCGAGCUGGCGGUCAACCCGACGGACCCUAAUAAGGCUCUGGUAAGACUCGGCGCCGCCGUCACUAAUGAGGACUUUAGGCGUUGGGUGGUGCAGUGGGGCGAGUGGACUCUUGCACUCAAUGUCAUCAUGGUCGAAAUCACAUUCGGAGGAUCCAACGCCCCCAUCUGCCACGGCGCGGGUAUCCAGAACAAGACGUUGAGCGACCUCGUGCGCCAGAUAGAGUACAUCGACGCGAACGGCGAGAAACAGGUCCUCUCCGACCCGGAGCUCUUGAAGGUUGCUUCUGGCUGUUUCGGGCUUCUGGGCAUCGUAACGUAUGUCACCCUAGAGGUCGACAAGUUGACCUAUGCGAUGAUCAAGCCAGCGCGACGGGAUUUGAUACUGGCCAUUCCCCCUCCGGACAAAUACGUGUUCCCCCCAAAAGGCUGCGAAGAGCUUCAGAAAAGGCUUGCCAAGUAUAAGCCGGAACAACUAUCCGCUGCCCGCGAGCAGUUCAUCCGUGAUGCCGAGGAUAACUAUUACUGCGAGUGGUUUUGGUUUCCAUACCAAAAGGAAGCCUUUUUGAACAUCUGGAAUAACACCUCCGACUCUUCUGGCUGCGUGGACUACCCCGGCUCUGUCGAAACCUUUAUCCAGUGGUCAUCCUCUUGGGCCGGCGAAGUCAUGAACCAAAGCCGUGUGUUCCGCUGGCUUUCGCCCAGAAAACAGGCUUUCAUCAUGGGAACGAUGGCCAUGGCGACGCUGCCGCGCAAGAAUGUCAAAACGCAACUAAUCAACGCCCUGCACUUCCGGCGCGGAAUCCAAAACAUGCGAGUGGGCGACUUCGAAGUCGAGAUCCCGAUUCCAUCGGUGGCGGGGGACGCCACGCACACCAAGCGCGACUGGACGGCUGUGCAGCGGGCAUGGUGGGACGGGAUCUGCGCGAUGUACGUUGACUCCACGAACGUAUCUGCGCGGAUCGCGCUCGAGAUGCGGGUGAUGGCGGACUCUUCGGUCGUGAUGGCGCCGCAGCGCGGGAACACCCUCGGCACAGCGUCGAUCGAGGUCAUCACCAAUAUGCCCGCCGUCGAGGAUAAGAAGAAGAUCUGGGACGGCUUCAAACAGACCGUGGCAAAUGUGUGGACGGGCUAUAAGGGCCCCGACGGUGAGAAGCUGAAUGUUCGCCCGCAUUGGGCGAAGGAAUGGGAGACUACGAAGGUCGAUGGAAAGGACUGGGUCGACCAUAUGAAGGAGGUCUCGUACAAAGACGAGAUCGUCGAGUUCAAGCGGUCGCUCGCGGAGAUCGGAGACAAGCAGGGGUGGAAGUUGGAGGACUUGAAGGCGACGUUCUCGACGCCGUUGCUGGAUCGUCUCAUCUUCGAUUAGGAGGCCGAGGAACAUGCGGCGGGUGCGGGGAGUACUUGAGUUUUUGA